CGCGCAACCAUUGUUUCCUCUAAACCUUUCUUCUUCUCAAUUCUCAUCCUCCCCACAGUUUCCCCCAAAACAAUAAAUAAAUAAAAAUGUCAACCUCAUUUCACACCUCACAAACCAAAUACCAAUGGCCACAACAACAAGGUUUCACCAAAAACACACAUCCUCAACCAAAAUAAUCAUCUUCCUCUGCCUCUCAACUUUCAUCGGCAUCGCUUUCAUCGCUACCAGCAUCUUCCAUGUCUCAUUCUCUUCUACUUAUUUAUCUAUUGCUUCCAAUUGGGUCGCUGAUGUCCCUAAUGCCACCGCUGUAACAUUACCUAGUAAGGAAGAGGUUGAAAAGAAUAAGAUAAAGAGGAAAAUUUCGGAGAGGUUUCUUUCGGCUACUUUUGCGGAUUUACCUGCUCCUCAAUGGAAUUGGGAACAAUUGGAUUCGGCUCCUGUUCCUCGGUUAGAUGGUUACGCUAUUCAGAUCCAAAAUUUGUUUUAUGUGUUCUCGGGAUAUGCCAAUCUUGAUCAUGUGCAUUCUCACGUUGAUGUGUUCGAUUUCAACAGCAACAAAUGGGUAGAUAGGUUUGAUACGCCUAAAGAAAUGGCUAAUUCACAUUUGGGAAUUGCAACUGAUGGAAGAUACAUAUAUAUUAUGUCUGGACAGUAUGGUACUCAAUGCAGAGGACCUACUGCCCUCUCGUUUGUGUUAGACACCAAAACAAAGAAAUGGAACAAUUUGCCUCCAUUGCCAUUCCCCAGGUAUGCUCCUGCAACUCAAUUGUGGAGGGGAAGACUCCAUGUCAUGGGUGGUAGCAAGGAGAAUCGCCAUACACCUGGGUUAGAUCAUUGGAGUCUAGCUGUAAAGGAUGGGAAAGCUUUGGAGAAACAAUGGCGGACUGAAAUUCCUAUUCCACGCGGUGGACCGCACAGGGCUUGCAUCGUGGCCAAUGAUCGCCUUUAUGUUAUCGGUGGACAAGAGGGUGAUUUCAUGGCAAAACCGGGUUCACCUAUAUUCAAGUGCUCGCGCAGGCUUGAGGUAGUCUAUGGAGAUGUUUAUAUGCUUGAUGACGAAAUGAAAUGGAAAACUUUGCCACCUAUGCCGAAGCCAAACUCCCAUAUAGAAUGUGCAUGGGUAAUGGUCAACAAUUCAAUUAUUAUCACUGGAGGUACAACAGAAAAGCACCCACUGACUAAAAGGAUGAUGCUGGUUGGGGAGGUCUUCCGGUUUGAUUUAGACUCUAUGAAAUGGUCAGUGAUUGGAAGGCUUCCAUACCGAAUUAAAACCACAUUAGCUGGAUUUUGGGAUGGAUGGCUAUACUUUACAUCAGGACAGAGGGACAGAGGACCGGAUAAUCCGCAACCAAGAAAGGUCGUCGGAGAAACGUGGAGAACGAAAUUAAGUUUGCCUUCAUAGUUUUUUAUCAGCAAUGUGCAUAUCAAAUUUCCGCUAAUUUUUGAGUCAUGAUUCAAAUUAUUUAUUUUCCUUUUCUAUUGCUGCAGUGCCCUGGUUGGGCAAUGGUCCAUUAUAUUCUAUCCACUUUAUGUACAGAGAGUAUAGAUAGAUAUUGGAAAGAAUAUUGCUAACUUGAGAAAAUGAUUUUUUCACCCUUUUUCCAAAAUUAUUUGUGCUACAUAACUAUUUAGAUUUUACACA